UUCGAUAUUCUACUUCCUGCUUGUCGGUUUCCAAUAAGUUCGUCUGUGAUGUUCCAUGAGUUCCCUCAUUUGGCUCCACUGUAACAUUGGGUCGCUACGGAGCCGCUGAACAGCUGGCCGCUGUCUGACCGUCUCCGGACAGGUAUGCAGCUUCCCCUGACUCUCACUGGCACAUGUGUGGUUGAGUAUUAAAAAUGGAGGGAACCAUUAUCCAGAUGUGACAAAUGGCUGUGUGCGCUGGCGACGGGCAGACCUACAGGAAAUGGAUUUCCAGAAGCUGCUGCUGGAUGUGGCCAACGCUCUUAGUGAGGAGGAAGUGAAUGCUUUAGUCUUUCUCUGCACUGACCUUUUAAACCAAAACUUGAAAUCGGUGAAAUCGGCGAGUGACCUCUUCUCUAAGCUGAUUGACCAGGGCCGCCUGUCAGCGGAGGACCCACAGCUGCUCACAGAGCUUCUCAGCACCAUCCAACGCCACCGUCUGCUGCGGGGCCUCCAUCUCCCGUCGCCGGAAUGUAGAACCAGACUCAUCUCUCCCUACAGAACACUGCUCUACCAACUGUCUGAGGAUAUUACUGCCCAAGAGUUGAAAGAUAUCAAAUUCAUUCUAGGCCAAGACGUCCCACGUAGAAAAUUGGAGGAUCAUGUUACCACCCUGGAAAUUUUCCUGGAGAUGGAAAGAAGGGACCUCCUUAGUGACACUAAUCUAAAUAAACUGGAGUAUAUAAUUAGAACUGUGCACCCUGCUCUGUGUGAAAAGAUCAACCGUUUUAAAGAACAGCAGGCCCAUGAAACGGGCCGGCCAAGAUCCUCGUCCGUUCCUUCAACCUCAAACCCGUCCUUGGGGUCUAUUCGGAGCACUGGCUCGUUUGACACAGCAGAUUUGCCAGCAGCACAUGCGUCAAUAAAUUCUGCCAGCACAUCUCUCGACUUCCACAAACGUACAGAAAAAUGUGAGCCAGAGACGCAUGGAAUUGGCAGUUUAGUAAUCACACCUUCUCAAGAAAACAACGCUUCCGCUCAGACAAAAAACGAGACUUUGGGAACGUAUCCUAUGGCUUCAGCAAAGAGAGGUGUCUGUGCGAUAGUCAACAACUACGACUUCUCUAAAUCCCAAAGACAACGCCAGCGUGAGGGAACCAUGGUUGACGAAAAAAGUCUGCGUACGGUCUUUGAGUGGCUUGGCUUCCAAGUGCUGACCUACACUGACUGCGACGGUGGGAAGAUUCUGUCUGUGCUACGUGAACUCAGCAAAAGAGACCACAGUCAGAUGGACUGCCUGGUGGUCUGCGUCCUCAGCCACGGCCACCAGGGGAAUGUGUGCGGCGUGGACGGCCAGGCUGUGGCGCUGGAAGACCUGACCGAGCCUUUUGAUGGGCCAGAAUGCCCCUCUUUAGCGGGAAAACCCAAACUGUUCUUUAUCCAGGCCUGUCAGGGGAACAAAGAGCAAAGACCUGUGGAGAUUGACGGUGAUCUUUGUGCUGACGCACGGCCAAACAAAGACUUCAUCCCAUCAGGAGCAGAUUUCCUGCUGGGAAUGGCCACUGUUCCUUCUUACGUCUCCUUCAGACAUAAGAAGACUGGCACAUGGUACAUCCAGUCAUUGUGCCAGAACCUUGUCGAGAUGGUGCCCAGCCAGGUUGACCUUGUCUCCAUUUUGACAAAAGUGAACGCAGAUGUCAGUAGGAUGAGUGAUCCCUACGGUCAGAAAAAGCAGAUGCCUCAACCGGCCUUCACACUCCGCCAGAAAGUGGUCUUCCCCGUCCCCAAGGACCCUCCACCAAGUCUGCAGGACUGAUGAUGUGAUUUCACACAAUGAACUUCUGUCACAGAUUUUUAAGAGUACAUUUCGCACCUUGGCCAAAACCAAGCUCUUCAUACUUACUGCUGUUUGGUAUUCAGUAGUCUUUGACUGUUUACAAGACUGGGUCAUUGUUACCAUGGUAACUUAUAUGAUUGUCUACGACUGAUUUUGCCAAGAAGAAAACAAUAUCUUAAAAUGCUGUUUUUUAAUCAAUUGAUUUUUAUGAAUAACGAUUAUUUAAAAAGUUAUAAUUUUAUUUUCUUGACAUAAAUUAGGGACAGGAGUUUCCACUUCAGAGUAUAAUAUUUUUACGCUCUAGAAUCUGCAUUUAUCACAUAAUUGUCAGCUAACUCAGACUUGCAAUAAAAUACAAUGUCAUUCUACCCCUGAAUGUGACUUCUGACAGUGAUUUAGCAGUUGGUGGAAUAAUCAGGCGCACUCACAUUUCAACCAGUGGAAGCAGUCUGUGCCGAGAGAGGCUUAAGUGACUACAUCUUUAAGAAGACAGAUAUUUUAAGAUUAUACUGAAAUAUCAGUUGUGUGCACGUGUCUAAAUAAAUUUUUAUAAGGU